GGGAAACCGCGCCGUCUCGCCGCGAUGCUGUCGGGCCGGCAGACCGCGCACAGCCGGCAGCGCGGCCGCGGACCCCAAGCUCCGCUGCAGGUCGCGCGCUCGGCCCGGACGUCCCCAGCGCCGCGGCCCCGGGGCGGCUGGGCUGCUGACUGCGGGCGGCAGGGAGCUCGGCCGCUAUGUCCACCAAGGUCAAGAAGUGCCGGGAGCCCGCGAGGGUGACCUUGCCCGCUCCGGAGGAGGAGGAUGGCGAGGCCGAGGGAGCCGAGCCGCAGCGCCGCCGCCGGGGCUGGAGGGGCGUCAACGGCGGGCUGGAGCCGCCCUGCCCUCGCGCGCCGCCGUCCCCGGGGCCCGACGCGUCGUCGGAGGGCAGCCCAUCCAGGUGGCGCACUGCGGGGAUGCGUGACAAGGGCCGGCGCCAAGCAGUGCGUGGCCCGGCCUUCAUGUUCGGUGCUCGUGGACCCAGCCUCACAGCCGAGGAGGAGCGCUUCCUGGAUGCUGCAGAGUACGGCAACAUCCCUGUGGUGCGCAAGAUGCUGGAGGAGUCUCGCACGCUCAAUGUCAACUGCGUGGACUACAUGGGCCAGAACGCACUGCAGCUGGCCGUAGGCAAUGAGCAUCUGGAAGUGACGGAGUUGCUGCUGAAGAAGGAGAACCUGGCGCGGAUCGGUGAUGCACUACUGUUAGCCAUCAGCAAGGGUUAUGUGCGCAUCGUGGAGGCCAUCCUGGGCCACCCAGGCUUUGCAGCCAGCCGGCGCCUGACCCUCAGCCCUUGCGAGCAAGAACUGCGCGAUGAUGACUUCUAUGCUUACGACGAGGAUGGCACACGCUUCUCGCCUGACAUCACGCCCAUCAUCCUGGCUGCACACUGCCAUAAGUACGAGGUGGUACACCUGCUGCUACUCAAGGGUGCACGGAUCGAGAGGCCACACGACUACUUCUGUCGCUGCUCUGACUGCGCUGAGAAGCAAAGGCUUGACGCCUUCAGCCACUCGAGGUCUAGGAUCAAUGCCUACAAGGGACUGGCCAGCCCAGCAUACUUGUCGCUGUCCAGCGAGGAUCCCGUGCUCACAGCGCUGGAGCUCAGCAAUGAGCUGGCCAAGCUGGCCAACAUAGAGAAGGAGUUCAAGAAUGACUACAGGAAACUCUCCAUGCAAUGCAAAGACUUCGUAGUGGGUGUGCUGGACCUGUGUCGGGACUCGGAGGAGGUAGAAGCCAUUCUGAAUGGAGAUCUGGAAUCAGCUGAGCCCCUGGAAAGACACGGUCACAAAGCAUCGCUGAGUCGUGUCAAACUCGCCAUUAAGUAUGAAGUCAAAAAGUUUGUGGCUCACCCCAACUGCCAACAGCAGCUUUUGACGAUCUGGUAUGAGAACCUCUCCGGCCUCCGGGAGCAGACCAUCGCUAUCAAGUGUCUGGUCGUGUUGGUCGUGGCCUUGGGUCUUCCAUUCCUCGCCAUUGGCUAUUGGAUUGCACCUUGUAGCAGGCUGGGAAAGAUUCUUCGAAGCCCCUUCAUGAAGUUCGUGGCCCAUGCUGCCUCCUUCAUCAUCUUUCUGGGUCUGCUUGUGUUCAACGCCUCGGACAGGUUUGAAGGCAUCACCACGCUGCCAAACAUCACUGUUAUCGACUAUCCCAAGCAAAUCUUCAGGGUGAAGACCACCCAGUUCACGUGGACAGAAAUGCUAAUUAUGGUCUGGGUUCUUGGGAUGAUGUGGUCCGAGUGCAAGGAGCUGUGGCUGGAGGGGCCCCGGGAGUACAUCGUGCAGUUGUGGAACGUGCUUGAUUUCGGCAUGCUCUCCAUCUUCAUCGCCGCCUUCACAGCCAGGUUCCUCGCUUUCCUGCAGGCCACGAAGGCGCAGCAGUAUGUGGAUAGUCACGUGCAGGAGAGCGACCUCAGCGAAGUCACGCUCCCACCCGAGGUUCAGUAUUUCACCUAUGCUAGAGACAAAUGGCUCCCCUCAGACCCUCAGAUCAUCUCCGAAGGGCUCUAUGCCAUAGCUGUGGUGCUCAGCUUCUCCCGGAUCGCGUACAUCCUCCCUGCAAACGAGAGCUUUGGGCCCUUGCAGAUCUCUCUUGGAAGGACCGUGAAGGACAUAUUCAAGUUCAUGGUUCUCUUCAUCAUGGUGUUCCUGGCUUUCAUGAUUGGCAUGUUCAUACUUUAUUCUUACUACCUUGGGGCCAAAGUAAAUCCUGCUUUUACCACGGUCGAAGAAAGUUUCAAGACUUUGUUUUGGUCCAUAUUUGGAUUGUCUGAAGUGACUUCUGUUGUCCUCAAAUACGAUCACAAAUUCAUAGAGAAUAUUGGAUAUGUUCUCUAUGGAAUCUAUAAUGUAACUAUGGUGGUUGUUUUACUCAACAUGCUAAUUGCUAUGAUUAACAGCUCAUACCAAGAGAUCGAGGAUGACAGUGAUGUAGAAUGGAAGUUUGCUCGUUCCAAACUUUGGCUGUCCUACUUCGAUGAUGGAAAAACAUUACCUCCACCCUUCAGUCUGGUCCCUAGUCCAAAAUCGUUUGUUUACUUCAUCAUGAGGAUCACUAACUUUUCCAAAUGCAGGAGGAGAAGGCUGCAGAAGGACCUGGAACUGGGCAUGGGUAACUCAAAGUCCAGGUUAAACCUCUUCACACAGUCUAACUCGAGAGUUUUUGAAUCACACAGUUUUAACAGCAUUCUCAAUCAGCCAACACGAUAUCAGCAGAUAAUGAAAAGACUCAUAAAACGGUAUGUUUUGAAAGCACAAGUAGACAAAGAAAACGAUGAGGUGAAUGAAGGUGAACUGAAAGAAAUCAAGCAGGAUAUCUCCAGCCUUCGUUAUGAACUUUUGGAAGAUAAGAGCCAAGCGACGGAGGAAUUAGCCAUCUUGAUUCAUAAACUCAGUGAGAAACUGAACCCCAGUGUGCUGAGAUGUGAGUGAGGCGGCCACCUGCAGUCAAGCCUUGACUAUAGCACAACGUGGGCAAUAACACUCCUAAGUAUGAAAUACUUGAAAAACUAUGGUGUAGAGCUCUAGUGUUCACUACCUUUAUCAUGCGAAACUUUAAAAUUAAGAUAGGUGGUCAUGAUUCCCAUUACAUGAAAUGGUUCCAGCAGUUGACCUCGGCACUGUACGCAGUGACAUGCUAUUGUACUUAGAAGCCCAGUAUUAAUGUCACUGACAGUUUUUGUCAUUCUUGUCUUUAUGUCACCCGUUGGCCUCCAAGAGUUCCUUGGGGGACAGGGACCACAGCGAUCUCUUCUUCAUGUCUCCCACAUUUAGUGCAGUGCCUGAUACACAGUAGGUGCUUGGUGAAUGUGGAAACCAACUGGCCAUCCAGCCAGACCCAUCCAAGAGCAGACAAGAGACCAUCACUGCGUAGCAUACGUUCUCAUCCAAACGCUGAAGCGUCUUUUUUUUUGGAAAAAAAAAAAAAUAGAAACUGAAGAUGUUUUACAACCAGCUAUGACUUGUGAAGAUCUUUCUUAGACUUUUAGACGUCACUGACAAUUCUCAGACGUUGGAAAUGCAAGUGAAGAACUUCACAGUGAAACGAACUAAUUGAAAGUACAGUUACACUACAUAUUUAAGUUUCAUAGGGUUGUUCAAAAUUGAUCAUUAAAGAUUGUUUUCUAAAAUAUAUGCCUGUGUCCUCUCUCUUUGUAUUUGUGGUUUCAUGAUAUGAAUUUAGUCAAUAAAGA